CGCCGGCUCCCCCGUUCGCCCACCAUGGUGAACCUGGGCCUGUCCCGUGUGGAUGACGCCGUGGCCGCCAGGCACCCGGGGCUCCGGGAGUACGCCGCGUGCCAGUCCCACGCCUUUGUGAAGGGCGUGCUCACUUUGCUCGCAGUUGUUGGUUCUGUGGCAAGUUAUGGGGUGACAAGAGUGGAGACCCAGAAAUGCAGCAACCUCUGGCUUUUCCUGGAGACAGGGCAGCUCCCCAAAGACAGAAGCCCAGAUGGCCGCAGCUAGGCGCACUCCAGCUGAGAUGUGGAGGAUCUGGGACAGAGGCAGCCCUGAAACACAGCCCUCUGCACCUCCAAUUCCAGACCUUGCCCCCACCUGCACAGGUGUGCGGCCAGAUCUG